CUUCUGUUUCUCUCUCUCUCUCUUCUUUCUCCCCCUCCCUCUCCUAAUUCUGACAGAGGAAAUACCUGCACAAUAUCUCACGCACGCACGCAUAUCUUACCCCAUCUCUCUGAUCCCCGAGCCCAGCUCAGAGCAGAGGAGAGAGAAACAACCCAUGCGAGAGAGAGAGAGAGGGGGGUGGGCCCCUUUUUCUUUGAUUCGUCGAAUCCUCAUUAAACCACGAAGCCCCCUCCUCCUUCUGUAUGAAAUAUAAGCAGAGGCUCUCUCUCUCUCUUACACGUUCCAUUAAUAUACAUAUUACAUAUUGCCCUCACUUUGUUCCUCCUCUUUUGCUCUGUGCUCUGUGAGAGGGGCUCUUUUGUUUGCUGCUUGCCUCCGGUACUCACUGAGUGAAGAUGAUGGAGAUCGGCUACGGACAGCAGCCUGAGAAGAACGAAGAGCAGCUGCCUCCAGGCUUCAGGUUCCACCCCACUGACGAGGAGCUCAUCACUUACUACCUCCUCAAGAAAGUCCUCGACGGCUCUUUCACCGGCCGAGCCAUCGCGGAGAUCGACCUCAACAAGUGCGAGCCCUGGCAGCUCCCGGAGAAAGCGAAGAUGGGGGAAAAGGAGUGGUACUUCUUCAGCUUGAGGGACAGAAAGUACCCUACAGGGCUGAGGACCAACAGAGCAACAGACGCCGGAUACUGGAAGGCGACCGGCAAAGACCGAGAGAUUUACAGCUCCAGGACCGGGUCCCUCGUGGGGAUGAAGAAGACCCUGGUUUUCUACAGGGGGAGGGCUCCCAAAGGAGAGAAGACCAACUGGGUCAUGCACGAGUACAGGCUCGAGGGCAAGUUUGCUUACCAUUUCCUCUCUAGAUCCUCCAAGGACGAGUGGGUGGUGGCCCGUGUGUUCCAAAAGACGAUCGGGUCGAAGAAGGCCUCGUCGCUCGCGCACGACCCGAUCCGUCGUCGUCCGCCAGCCUCCCGCCACCUCCUCCGACUCCUCCAUUGUGCGCUUCGAACAAGCAACUCCGACUGCCAGCAGCGCCGGCGCGUACCCUGCGUGCUUCUCCGCUGCCAGCCGGUCACGCUGGCUCCUCCUCGGGUCCCUGUCCAGAUGCCCUCUCUCAUUCUGCAAGAAUGA